GCUGGGCCAGAAUCAAGCUACAUGUAUGCAUGCUUUUCUCAGGGAAGUACAUACUUUCUUUUCAGAAUCAUUCAAGCAUGAGGGAGGCAAAGCAUAAAAGGGCGCUGCGUUGUCUGAGGUGUGGUCACUCUAGCUAUUCGGCAAGUCGGAAGUGGCUCAUUGGUGGAGACCUCAGCUCUAACAGCUUGAGCCAGGCAUGGAGUGGACAGGAUUUACAGAUGAGCAAUUAAGACAACUAAAGUCAGGCUCUGAUCCAGAGUCCCACUCUAGAAGUCAUCCAGGAAGGAAGUCCACCGAAAGCCACAGUCAAGGCAACAGACCCCCAUCAACAAGACUUCCACCUCAGAGAGGGAGGACGCCCCCAUCUACCCAAAGCCGCUCUGCCGGAUCAGAACCCCUUCCGCUCAGUCAGAACCAGAUGUUGUCCAAACCAAAGCAGGUGCCACAGCAACAAAGGCAACGGACCAAUCAGAGAUCAGGUCCAGCGGAGAUGCCCGGCCCCGUUGGGGCACCGUCCAGUCACAAAUCAGAUAGAACAAAAGCACCUGCUCAGAGCAACCAAUCAACCUCACAUGUACCCGUUGAUAAACCUUCCGACACAUCUGGAGACCAAAAGAAACCUGAAUUGAGCAAGGACCAGAGUAAGCCAGAAGGAGGGAUAGCAGCUGAUGGAAUAGCAAGGGAGAAGACAGUUUAUAGAACAGCCCAAAAGAGUGAAGCACAUAUUGGGAAAGAACUAGAUGAAAAAGAAGGAUUGAGUCGAGAGUUGUCCAAGCUGGAGGAAUUCCAGCAACGACAGAAAGAAAUUGAGGAUGAGAACCAGAGAAAGAAGAACCUACUGGCAAUGGCAAUAGCGGACAGGAAGAAAAAGACACAGGCCGAGGUAAAGAGGCUGGCCUUCAUCCAAAAGGAGCUGAGUAAAAUCGAGCAGUUCCUGACCACCGAUGUCAACAUCCUCCGAGACAAGAUUGAGGAAGCAAGCCGGCACUACGCUGAAGCACAGUAAGUACAGCCACGUCUGCCACAAGCACAUUUCAGAUCACAAGAAGCGAAAGGCAGAUUAGAUGGUAUAGUGUUUACUUUUUAUCACUCUGUCUCCUGUGUUGGCCCAAAUGCAUUUUUCUCGGCGGUACCUGCUUUGAAAUUGGCCAGGCCACUUGGCUGAACAAGGGGCCAGACCGCUCGACAAAUUACUUCUCAGAACACUGAGCGGGACACAGAACAGGCUUAAGAUGCCACUUGACAAAAUACCAGUCAUGCCACUUGGUAGGAAUACCUGGAUAUUUUUGAAGCCACUUGGCAGUGGAGAGUGGGCAUAUUGGAUGUGCCUCUGGGAAAACCCACUGGUUUGAGCAUGCCACACACUACCUAUCGAGAUUGUUUUCCUUGCUUGUGGUCUGGGUUGGUCCAUCCAGUGACAAGAAUGCGGCAUCCCGCAGUGCCCUUGGCCUGUGUUGUGAGGUGCUGGUGGCCAUUCCAACCGCCAUCCAGUCUGCGGAUGGGCCAGUCUUUGACAAGGCAGUUGGCCGUUUGCACAUCCCCACAGUCAUAGCUAGUGGUGUCGGGGAGGCUGCCUGCAUUGCCUGCCGGCCUUGAAGCAUCCAACGCCAGUGUGGAGGUGGUUAGGUGUGGCACAGUU